AUGUUAUCAUCAAAGUUACAGGCACUUCGAUUAGCAGCACUACUGUUGCUCUAUCAACUCGUCUCUACCGUCUUUGCGGCGCCGCCGUCGCCGUCGCCUAUUGAUAUUACCCCCUCCACCGUGCUAGCUUGGAUCGUAUUACAAAAUGCAGAACCAAGUGAUGGUUACGGGGGAUCGCAAGGGGCAUCAGAUGCCAUAUAUCUGGUGGUAUCUAUUGUUGUUGGUCUCGUGUUUGGAGCGCUCGCCUUGUGUUUCUCUACACUCGUAGUAUGGGUUCUCGGAGGACUAGCGGGUUAUGCCAUAGCUCUGUUCAUACUCUCAUUCGGAACUGGGGGCUUAAUACACGAUCGCGCUGGCCGAAUCAUUUUCAUUAUAGCAUUUAUAAUCGCUGGCGUCAUUCUCACAAUACUGUUUACCAACAUGGCAAUCAUAAUUGGCACUGCAUUCAUCGGUGCAUUCUCUAUCAUACUGGGGAUCGAUAUGUUUGCAAGGACUGGCUUUGCCGAAACAUUUAGCUCAAUGCAAAAUGUUAACAAGGACACGCUUGAAUAUCAUGUAGGCGGGAGAGUAUUGGGAAUGUUGAUUGGAAUGAUUGUACUCUUUAUGGUUGGUGUAGUAGUGCAAUGGCACUUCUUCAGGGCGUAUAAGUUUGGAUAUUAUGAUCCAGCAACAAAGAGCAGAUUUGGUCGUUGGAGGUGGAGAACGAGGAAUAGACCGGUAGUGUAA